AUGACUGGCAACUCCCGGCUCCCGUUGGGGAGCGAAGAUCGAGCUGCCGCCUCCCCGCCGGACCGGGGCUCCCGGGGGGCGUUGUCCUGGCACCCCGGUGCAAAGAAAGCUGGCAGUUGUAUUAGCAGUCUGCAGUGGCCCGAGGUACUGCUGUGGUGCUGCAUCUCAUCUGGCACCUCUGCUACCAGCUUGCUUUUACGGAAUGCAAGGGUUGAGGAUGCUGAUGCAUCCGAGAAAAGUGUGAAUGAAGAAAAUGGGGAAGUAUCAGAGGCAGACCAACCUCAGAACAAGCACAGCCGACACAAAAAAAAGAAACACAAACACCGAAGUAAACACAAGAAACAUAAACAUUCUUCAGAAGAAGAUAAGGACAAAAAACAUAAACACAGACACAAACAUAAGAAACAUAAACGGAAAGAGGUACCUGAAACCUCUGACAAAGAAGACGGACCAGCUAAAAGAACUAAAAUUGAUUUUUUAGCUCCUCUGGAAGACUUGGAGAAACAAAGAGCAUUGUUGAAAGCUGAACUUGAAAACGAAUUAAUGGAAGGAAAAGUCCAGUCUGGGAUGGGAUUAAUAUUACAAGGUUAUGAGUCAGGAUCUGAAGAAGAGGGGGAGAUUAAUGAAAAAGUACGAAAUGGAACGAGACCUACAACUAAGUCAAACACUAAGGGGAAAUUAGAACCUGUGGACAAUAAAACUAGUUCCAAGAAAGGAAGUAAGAGUGAAUCAAAAGAAAGGACUAGGCACAGAUCUGACAAAAAGAAAGGCAAGGUAGGAGUUGAUGGAAUCAAAGAGAAGACAACUAGAAGCAAGUCAAAAGAGAGGAGGAAAUCCAAAAGCCCUUAUAAGAGAAGUAAGUCUCAAGAUCAGACAAGGAAAUCUAGGUCUCCAAUGCUUAAAAGGCGAUCUCAGGAGAAAAACAGAAAGUCUAAAUCUCCCCCAGAGGAUAGAAAUAAGGCUGAUGAUAAAAGUAAAUCAAGAGAUCGCAGAAAGUCUCCCGUUGUAAAUGAAAACAAAAGCAGAGAUCGUGGCAGAAAAUCUAAAUCUCCAGCAGAACUAAGAAGCAAAUCCAAAGAUAGAAGAUCACGGUCCAAAGAUAGAAAACCUAGGAGAUCAGAGACGGACAAAGAAAAAAAGCCAAUUAAAUCUCCUUCUAAAGAUGCUUCUUCAGGGAAAGAAAACAGGUCCCCUAGACGACCUGGCCGUAGUCCAAAAGGAAGAAGCUUAUCUCCCAAACAACGUGAAAAAUCAAGAAGAAGCAGAUCCCCUCUCUUUAAUGAUCGUAGAUCUAAACAGAGUAAAUCCCCUUCUCGAACCCGGUCUCCGGUUAGAAGAGUGAGGAGUAGAUCUGCAGAAAGGAAAAGACGAGAAUCAGAAAGGAGGCGUCUUUCUUCUCCCAGAACGCGGACCAGAGAUGAUAUUUUGUCUAGACGUGAAAGAUCAAAAGACGUUAGCCCACCCAGUAGAUGGUCCCCAUCCAGAAGAAGGUCUCGGUCUCCCAUUAGAAGGAGGUCUCGUUCACCCCUUCGACGUAGCCGAUCUCCAAGAAGGCGGAGUAGGUCUCCUCGAAGGAGGGAUAGAGGCCGAAGAAGUAGAUCUCGCCUUCGAAGGAGGUCCAGGUCACGUGGUGGCCAUAGACGUAGGAGCAGAAGCAAAGUUAAAGAAGACAAAUUUAAAGGUAGUCUUUCUGAGGGUAUGAAAGCUGAACAGGAGUCUUCAUCAGAUGAAAAUCUUGAAGACUUUGAUUUGGAAGAAGAGGAUGAGGAAGCAGAGAUAAGACAAAGAAGAUUACAGCGGCAAGCAAUUGUUCAGAAAUACAAAGGCCAGACAGAAGACAGUAAUAUAUCUGUACCGUCUGAACCAAGCAGUCCUCAAAGUAGCACGCGUAGUCGCUCAAAUUCACCAGACGACAUCCUAGAAAGAGUGGCUGCUGAUGUUAAGGAAUACGAACGUGAAAAUGUGGACACAUUUGAGGCAUCAGUAAAAGCCAAGCACAACCUCAUGACAGUUGAACAGAACAAUGGUUCAGCUCAGAAGAAACUGCUAGCUCCUGAUAUGUUCACAGAAUCAGAUGAUAUGUUCGCUGCAUACUUUGAUAGUGCUCGUCUAAGGGCUGCUGGGUUUGGAAAAGACUUCAAAGAAAACCCCAAUCUCAGGGAUAACUGGACUGAUGCAGAAGGCUAUUACCGUGUUAAUAUAGGUGAAGUUCUAGAUAAACGUUACAAUGUCUAUGGUUACACUGGUCAGGGAGUCUUCAGUAACGUAGUGCGAGCCAGGGACAUGGCAAGAGCAAACCAAGAAGUAGCGGUUAAAAUCAUCAGGAACAAUGAACUUAUGCAAAAAACUGGCCUGAAAGAACUGGAAUUUUUGAAGAAGCUCAAUGAUGCAGAUCCUGAUGACAAGUUUCAUUGUCUACGGUUGUUCAGGCAUUUCUACCACAAACAACAUCUCUGUCUGGUAUUCGAGCCACUCAGUAUGAAUUUACGAGAGGUGUUGAAAAAGUAUGGGAAAGAUGUUGGACUCCAUAUUAAAGCUGUGCGUUCCUACAGCCAGCAGUUGUUCCUGGCUUUAAAACUUCUUAAAAGAUGCAAUAUCCUACAUGCAGAUAUUAAACCAGAUAAUAUUUUGGUGAAUGAGUCUAAAACAAUAUUAAAGCUUUGCGAUUUUGGAUCAGCUUCACAUGUUGCAGAUAAUGACAUCACACCGUAUCUAGUUAGUAGAUUUUAUCGAGCUCCAGAAAUCAUUAUAGGAAAAAUCUAUGACUAUGGUAUAGAUAUGUGGUCUGUAGGCUGCACAUUAUAUGAACUUUAUACAGGAAAAAUACUCUUUCCUGGCAAAACCAAUAACCAUAUGUUGAAACUAGCCAUGGAUCUCAAAGGAAAGAUGCCAAACAAGAUGAUUCGAAAAGGUGUGUUCAAAGAUCAGCACUUUGAUCAAAAUCUCAACUUUAUGUAUAUAGAAGUAGAUAAAGUGACAGAAAGGGAGAAAGUCACUGUUAUGAGCACCAUUAAUCCAACCAAGGACCUGUUAGCAGACUUGAUUGGGUGCCAACGACUCCCUGAAGACCAGCGUAAAAAAGUACACCAGCUAAAGGACUUGUUGGACCAGAUUCUAAUGUUAGACCCAGCUAAACGGAUUAGCAUCAACCAGGCUCUGCAGCACGCCUUCAUCCAGGAAAAAAUUUAAACCAGAUGAAGAAGUUCAAAGGGUUUGAGUAAUUAAGAUACAAAGACUGAAGAAAUUUCACAGCAGUUAUUAAUGUAUAUAAACAUAAAUAUUUCCCCUGCAAAGUUGAGGAAGAAAUGAUACAUUUGAAUUAACAUCAAGGCUGAUAUUUCUUUUAGAAAUGUUAGAGUAAUUCUGUUUUGUGUCUUAUGUGAAAAUUUUCACUGUAGAACUGUUUUAAUUGCCAAGACUGCACAGAAGUACAAUGCUAAUGUAUAUGGUUGCAGUUCGUAUAUAUUAUAAAAAGAAAAAAGCAUCUGUUAUAAAAAAAAAAAAGAAAGAAAAAAAAAAGAGCAGUAA